CUUCUGCUCUCAUUCCAGUCGGAGAAGACACGGCGGGCGGACGGACGGACGGCCAGCAAACGAAGUACGGCGACGAAAAAGUAGCGGGCAUUGUUGAGACUAAAUCUCUAGUUACAUAACUGGACUACUUUUUUCAACCACCAUUGUUGGAUUUUUUUUAAAAACUCGGAAGAGAAUCAUCCUCUUAUCUCUCAACUCAAAAUGGAGAACGGCGACAACAAAUAUCUUCCUGAGCUGUUGGCGGAAAAGGACAGUCUGGACUCGUCGUUCACGCACGCCAUGAAACUUUUAAACGCAGAAAUUGACAGGAUCCAAAAAGGUGAACCCAAGAAGGACGAGUCUGACAUGUACUUGGAUCUUUUCGCAACAAAGAACAUGAAACUUAAGGAGCGAAUCCUCAUACCUGUCAAACAGUACCCCAAGUUCAACUUUGUGGGCAAGAUUCUGGGACCCCAAGGAAACACCAUCAAGCGUCUGCAGGAGGAGACCGGAGCAAAGAUCUCUGUGCUGGGCAAGGGCUCAAUGAGAGACAAAGCAAAGGAGGAGGAGCUAAGGAACGGCGGCGAGCCAAAGUAUGCACACCUGUCGAUGGAGCUGCAUGUGUUCGUGGAGGUGUUUGCCCCUGUGCCCGACGCCUACCUGCGCAUGGCACACGCCAUGGAAGAAGUCAAGAAAUUCCUGUUCCCUGAUGUGACUGAUGAUAUCUGCCAGGAGCAAUUCAUGGAGAUGAGUUACCUGAACGGAGGCCAGGAGCACGGAGGCAGAGGGAGAGGACUGCGGGGACGGGGCGUCCCCCCAGGACUGCACAGGGGAAGGGGAAUGCCGCCACGUGGAGCCGCCGCCACCCGGGGAGCCAGAGGCGGCGCAAUGAGGGGCGCCCUGCCGGGCCGAGGAGGGCCCGGUGCUGUAUCUGCCAGGGGAGUUGCAGCAGCCCGUGCCAGGCCGCCAGCUGCCGGGCCCCCACAGAGGAUGCCACCCCACCAGCACACUCCUGCUGCAGCCGCCGAGAGCUACGAGGAAUAUGGAUACGAAGAGAGCUAUGACGGGGUGGCCUACGAGUCGUACGACAGCUAUUACAGUCAGCAGCAGGCAGAGCCAGAAUACUACGACUACGGACACGGAGAAUCUGCACAGUCAUAUGAUACUUAUGCCCAGGAUAAUUGGAACGGGACACAGCGAGCAGCUCCAGGCAAAGCCCCGCCUUCUUCCAGAGGUGCCAAGACGCCUUACAGGGAUCACCCAUACAGAGCGUACUGAAGCGAGCCCCGCCCCCCCCCUUACAGUGUUACCUGUCGUCAGUGGCAGCUGUCGCUUUAAGCAGCCCGACACAAGUAAUUGUCCGUUUUGGCUUUGGUUUCUUUUUUGUUUUUUAUUUUUAACAUUGGACUUUCUACAAGAUUGGGACUGAAAUUCUGUGUGUGAUUUGACUAUAAUCAACCCACAUUCCCCUAAAACACACACACUUAUACACAAGCAACCAAAGUGGCUGUUAGAGGGUUUUUCUUUUCCCCGCCCUUUUAUUUCUGUUUUUCUGACCAUUUCCACCCCUCUGGCUUUCUUGGCAUUGUUUUUUUUAAAAGACUGUUUUGUAAUAGUAAUUUCAAGUUGAAAUAGUGGCUCGUACUCCACCUGUCUUAAAGAAUCCAUUUUAGUUGUUUUUUUAAACAAAGAAUCUGUCGAGGUUCAGUUGCAGAUUCCCAUUUAGGCUACAUUUCAAAAUUCUGUUAAUGUAGUUGAAUAAAAGACCUUUUUAAACCUGUAAUAUAGAAACACAAAAGCAAAUAUAAAAUGAAGUGAAGGAUAAAGUUAAUGGAAUUCA